CGUUGACCCUCAACCCCCCAGUGAUAAGGGGGAUGGGAAGAGGCUGGCACUCCGACCUAUCUCCGGGCCCCGGAAGAAAGGAAAAGCUGCUGUUAAGUCUUCUGAAGAUGUUGUCGAUGUGGAUUCCGACUCGGAUGCUCAGUCUCAGGGGGUGGUGCCUAGGGGGAAACCCUGGGACCCGUCCAUUCCGUUCGCCUCUCCAUGAAAUCCCGCUCUGUCUCUCUGUUCCGACGCACCGUGAACCCGGUGUCGCUGGGUCUGACCAUCACUCCUCCCCUUGACAAAGAGGAGAUCUGGGUUUUGUCUCCCCGGACAGCCAUCCGACGCGCCGUCCACUCUCUUUCUGAGGCUUUUAUCUUGGCUUCCUCAGACUCCCGUCUCCUAGAUGAGGGGCACGAUGACGCUCAAACCCUGAUGGCCGGUCUCAAGGAACAAAUUGCUGAUCUGGAGAAGAGGCUGGGAGUGGCGGUGCAGAGGGGUGAGACAGUACAGAAAAGGCUGAGCGAUGUCGAGGCUGCGCACCGUGUGGUGGAGGAGGAGCUGAGGAGGAAAGCUGAGGAGGCUGGCCCGGCCGCCAUCCAGGCCUUCAGGGGGAGCGAGGAUUUUGCGGCCGAGGUGGAGCAGAUAAUCUCGGGUCGGAGGGAGGAAAUUGCUUUAGGUUGGCUCCAGACCUCUGAGGGUGAGGCCAAGCUAGAUGAUGAGGGUGCCCUGUGCUUUCAGUUGGGGCAAUAUGGGAUGCAGAAGUCCCUGUAUGAUCUUCUUGCAAAGAGAGACCCUUCCUUCUCCGCUCAGGCCUGGGGUUUGCCGGAAUUGAUGAUGAAUCCAGAAGCCCCUGCGGAGACCCCGGCUGCCGAUACCCUGCCUCUGAAGUUCCUCCUGCCCAAUCUGGUAAUUGAUAACUUCUUUC